AUGUAUUUAAACAGUUAUAUUCAAAUUCAAAGAUGUUACGACUACUCAUCUCAACUCAGCCAGACGGAUGAUGGAGAAUUUGAAAUCGCUGAUGAUGAUAAUGAUGACGAUAAUAGAACAGCAGCUGAUCUUAACAGUAAUGAUGGCUUUUCCUCAAAUGAUGAUGAACAAGAUGAUACUCGAAAUUUAAUAAAUACAACAAAAGAAGAAUUUUCUGAAAUGAAAGUUUUUAAUAUGGUGCAGUCACAUAUAGAACAUUCUUAUUUUAAAGCUACAAUCAAUGAUGAGAUAAAAUAUAUACAUAAACAGACUGCUUGUUGGUUAUUAACUGGUGAAAAAAGUAAAAUGUUAAUCGAUCGAUUGCUUCGAGUACAACAGAUUAAUAAAAAAAGUUGA